AUGGAAUCCAACAAAAUCCCCAACUACAACCCCCAAGAACACCUUACAACCGACAUACGAACCGAAAUCCCCGCCGAAACAGUCACCACCAUAACAUCGCAGGCCCCCUUCGUCACCAUCCCGGGACUCUUCAACAUCCGCGACCUCAGCAGCGGCAAUCUGCGCCCGGGAUAUGCCUACCGCUCCGGCGUUCUAGCCAACAUCUCAGACGAGGGCAAAACAUCCCUCCGCAAUCUAGGGAUAUCCACCAUCUUCGACCUGCGCAGACCAGAUGAACGGACUAAAUCACCUAGCCCUGUCAUCGAGGGCGUCGAGACCGUCUGGGAACCGUAUAUCCGCGAGCCGGGUCCGAUCAAUCCUCUAGACUUCAAGGAAGAGGAUCAGGGCGUCUCCGGGUUUCUGAGCAUGUUUAUGUGUAUCAUGGAGAUCUCGACACCGAUCUUUAGGAAGGUCUUUCUGCAUAUUAGGGAUUGUCCGCAGAGACCGUUUCUUUUUCAUUGUUCUGCCGGUAAAGACCGUACCGGCGUCCUAGCGGCUUUAAUCCUCUUGCUAGCGGAUACGCCCUCCGACGCCAUUGUCCAUGACUUCGCUCUUAGUCGCGUUGGAAUCGAACCCGCUCGAAAAAUGCUUAUGGCGGCCUUUCCGACCCUCUCCGGCGCUGUGACUCCGGAGAAUGCCGGGUGGCUGGAACUGAUGAGCGCGCGGGCUCCUGCGAUGGUUGCGUUCUUGGAGACGGUUGAGCAGUCUUUCGGGGGCGUGAUGGGGUAUUUGACGGGCGUGCUGGGGUUCUCGGAUGAGGAUGUGGAAAUUAUGCGGGCGAAUUUGAAGGGGAACUUGGAAUUAACGAACGUUCUACUUCCAGUUGGUGUAUGA